AUGCCUCCACCAGCAGCGCCACCUGGAGAUGAAGAAGAAGAUGUUCCAAUGGAAGAGGAGCGAGCGCCUGAGAAGUGGAAGCCCAUGAUGUUGCCAAUCAGGCAGAGUACAGGGCAAGACAAGGGACUGGGGCCCGAAGACCCAGAGAUGAAGGAAGCCUCCCAGCCCAGAACCCGAACGUGGCACGGGAGUCAAAGGAAGCAGUGCGAGGAGUUGCGUACUUCAGGGCCAGAUAUGGAAAGCCUGGAGAAAGUGGAGCUACCAGCUCCGGAUCCCAACAACCCGGAACCUGGACUCGACUACCUGGGAAUGAAAGGUGGAACCAAGCAGCAGCUCGAAGGCACCACCUCCGGAGUCACUGCCGAAAGCACGAGGAGGAGCAGCGCAAGCCACGAAAGGCAGAGGAUUCGGAGAAGCGGAGAUGAUCCAGAAGUUGAAAAUGGAGAAGAAGAAGGGGAGAAUGGACCUCUGAUAGGUGAGGCAAUCGACCUCACAAAGGAGGAUUUCGUGGAUUGCAUCUCGUCACCUCCAAGCAGCGGACUUUGCCCCUCUCUCAAUCUGCAUAGCAACUUUCCGAGAUCGUGCUGUGUGCACAGUGGCGGGCCCACUUCUGACAACAUUUUGAACAUCCUCUCCUCUACCCAAGCUCCGCCAACGUGCUGCAUCUUCAACGGCCUUCAGCACUGCUUGUGA